CCGGGCGGCAGCGCAGGGCGCUCGGUCCCGCGGGCUUGUUCCCCGACUCCAGCGCCUGCAGCCCGGCCCGCGGCGACCUAGACGCCCGAGAGUCCGCCUCGACCGACCGUGCGGGUGACUGCGCCCCCUCGCCGGCAGAUGUGACAUGCCAGUGACCCACUGCUGUGAUACUAUUGCAGUUGGAAACAAAUGCAGCUCUCAACUGAUGAGAAAGAAACUCUGUAGCUUCCUAUGUGAAAAUCACCUUUCAUUUCAGGGAGCUUGUGAGGACUUGAUUCAGUUGCACCAUAUUUGUCCUGUGGAAUAUCUUAUCAUGGACAUUUCAACUGCAUGAGAAAGCUGACAGAUUUUAAAUGCUGGGGAUCAAACCCAGGGGCUUGUGCAUGCUAGGCAAGCCCUCUACCACUGAGCUACGUCUUCAGCCUUUUUCAUUUUCUUGACGUGUCUUUUGGACAGUAGUAAAUAAAUUGCAGGAGAGAGUGAAUACUUCUUUUUAUAAAAUAUGUCUUUUGUUGCGUGAUUUCACCAAGCUGUGGACUAAUUUUACAUGACCUGAACACCUUCAAUGUAGGCUAGGCCCCUCUGUUUUCACUACGUCCGAAGGUAACAUGUCACUGAAAAACGAGUCAAGACUAAAUACCUCUGCUCUGCAGAAGAUCGCAGCCGACAUGAGCAACUUGAUAGAAAAUCUGGACACACGGGAGCUCCAUUUUGAAGGAGAGGAGGUGGACUAUGACGUGUCCCCCAGUGACCCCAAGGCUCAAGAAGUGUGUAUCCCUUUCUCUGCUAUAUAUAAUACUCAAGGAUUUAAGGAACCUAACAUACAGACGUAUCUCUCCGGAUGUCCGAUAAAAGCACAAGUUUUGGAAGUGGAGCGUUUCACGUCUACAUCAAGGGUAUCAAGUAUCAAUCUGUACACUAUUGAAUUAACACAUGGGGAAUUUAAAUGGCAAGUUAAGAGGAAAUUCAAGCACUUUCAAGAAUUUCACAGAGAACUGCUGAAGUACAAAGCCUUUAUCCGCAUUCCCAUUCCCACCAAAAGACACACAUUUAGAAGACAAAAUGUCAAAGGAGAAGAGCCUCGAGAAAUGCCCAGUUUGCCCAGUUCAAAUGAAAACACAAUUCAAGAAGAACAGUUCUUUGGAAGAAGAAAACAACUGGAAGAUUACCUGACAAAGAUACUAAAAAUGCCUAUGUAUAGAAACUAUCAUGCCACAACAGAGUUCCUUGAUAUAAGCCAGUUAUCUUUCAUCCGUGAUUUGGGACCAAAGGGCCUAGAAGGUAUGAUUAUGAAAAGAUCCGGAGGACACAGAAUACCAGGUCUGAAUUGCUGUGGUCAGGGAAGAGCCUGCUACAGGUGGUCAAAAAGGUGGUUAAUAGUGAAAGAUUCCUUUUUAUUAUACAUGAAACCAGACAGCGGUGCUAUUGCCUUCGUUCUGCUGGUGGAUAAAGAAUUUAAAAUUAAGGUGGGGAAAAAAGAGACAGAAACGAAAUAUGGACUUCGAAUUGAUAAUCUUUCAAGGACACUUAUUUUAAAAUGCAACAGCUACAGACAUGCUCGGUGGUGGGGAGGAGCUAUAGAAGAAUUCAUCCAGAAACAUGGCACCAACUUCCUCAAGGAUCAUCGAUUUGGGUCAUAUGCUGCUAUCCAGGACAAUACUUUAGCUAAAUGGUAUGUUAAUGCCAAAGGAUAUUUUGAAGAUGUGGCAAAUGCAAUGGAAGAGGCAAAAGAAGAGAUUUUUAUUACCGAUUGGUGGUUGAGUCCAGAAAUCUUCCUUAAACGCCCAGUAGUUGAAGGAAAUCGUUGGAGGUUGGACUGCAUUCUUAAACGAAAAGCACAACAAGGGGUGCAGAUCUUCAUAAUGCUCUACAAAGAGGUGGAGCUCGCUCUGGGCAUUAAUAGUGAAUACAGCAAGAGGACGUUGGUGCGGCUACACCCCAACAUCAAGGUGAUGAGGCACCCAGAUCAUGUGUCGUCCAGCGUUUAUUUAUGGGCUCAUCAUGAGAAACUUGUCAUCAUCGAUCAGUCAGUGGCCUUUGUAGGUGGGAUUGACCUGGCCUAUGGAAGGUGGGAUGACAAUGAACACAGACUCACCGAUGUGGGGAGUGUGAAGCGGGUCGUUUCAGGACCAUCCUUGGGUUCUCUCACAACUGCAGGCACAGAAUCUAUGGAAUCCUUAAGCCUCAAAGAUAGCAAUGCAUCUAAUAAAAACAUUCCCGUGAUGAGGAGUCCUGAUGAGACAGACCCAAAGCUGAAAGGCAUAGGAAAACCGCGAAAGUUGUCCAAACUUAACCUCUACCGGCAGCUCCACUGGCACCAUCUGCACAGCGCGGACAGCGUCAGCAGCCUGGACAGUGCCUCCAGUUAUGUUAAUCAUUAUAGAAGCCAUCAGAAUUUAAUCCAUGGUUUAAAACCCCACUUGAAACUCUUUCGCCUUUCCACUGAGUCUGAGCAGGGACUCACUAGAUCCAGCAUUGAUACCGGCUCCAUCCGCAGCUUACAGACUGGCGUGGGAGAGCUCCAUGGGGAGACCAGAUUCUGGCAUGGGAAGGACUACUGCAACUUUGUCUUCAAAGACUGGGUUCAACUGGAUAAACCUUUUGCUGAUUUCAUUGACAGGUACUCUAUGCCCCGGAUGCCCUGGCAUGACAUUGCCUCCGCAGUCCAUGGGAAGGCAGCCCGUGAUGUGGCACGUCACUUCAUCCAGCGAUGGAACUUCACCAAGAUUGUGAAACCAAAAUAUCGGUCCCUUUCGUAUCCUUUUCUGCUUCCGAAGUCUCAAACCACAGCUCAUGAGCUGAGAUACCAAGUGCCUGGGGCUGUCCGUGCUAGGGUACAGUUGCUCCGCUCGGCUGCUGACUGGUCUGCUGGUAUCAAGUACCACGAGGAGUCUAUCCACAACGCUUAUGUCCAUGUGAUAGAGAACAGCAAGCACUAUAUCUACAUUGAAAACCAAUUUUUUAUAAGCUGUGCUGAUGACAAAGUUGUGUUCAACAGAGUGGGUGAUGCCAUUGCUCAGAGGAUCCUGAAAGCUCACAGGGCAGGCCAGAGGUACCGGGUGUAUGUUGUGAUACCCCUGCUGCCGGGAUUUGAAGGAGACAUUUCAACCGGAGGAGGAAAUGCUCUGCAGGCCAUUAUGCACUUCAACUACAGGACCAUGUGCAGGGGAGAAAAUUCCAUCCUUGGACAGUUAAAAGCAGAGCUUGGUAAUCAGUGGAUAAAUUACAUUUCAUUCUGUGGUCUUAGGACACAUGCAGAGCUUGAAGGAAACCUAGUCACUGAGCUUAUCUAUGUCCACAGCAAGUUGUUAAUCGCUGAUGAUAAUACUGUUAUUAUUGGCUCUGCCAACAUAAAUGACCGAAGCAUGCUGGGGAAGCGAGACAGUGAGAUGGCUGUCAUUGUACAGGACACAGAGACGAUCCCAUCAGUGAUGGACGGACAGGAGUACCAAGCUGGCCGGUUUGCCCAAGGACUGCGGCUGCAGUGCUUCAGGGUUGUCCUUGGUUAUCUUUCUGACCCAAGUGAGGACAUUCAGGAUCCAGUGAGUGACAAAUUCUUCAAGGAGGUGUGGGUUUCAACGGCAGCUCGAAAUGCUACAAUUUAUGAUAAGGUGUUCCGGUGCCUUCCCAAUGAUGAAGUACACAAUUUAAUGCAGCUAAGAGACUUUAUAAACAAGCCAAUAUUAGCAAAGGAAGAUCCCAUUAGAGCCGAGGAAGAACUGAAGAAGAUCCGUGGAUUCUUAGUGCAAUUCCCCUUUUAUUUCUUGUCUGAAGAAAGCCUGCUGCCUUCUGUUGGAACCAAAGAAGCCAUUGUGCCUAUGGAAGUUUGGACUUAAGACAGAUACUUGUCUGCAGCAUAGAGACUUCUCCCCUGAAGCCCGCAACGCAUGCAUUGACUUCUUCAGCACCUCAUAGCCAAAACCAGGCCAAUGCACUCUCAGGUCCAGCAAGUGGACCUGUUGGAUAACUGCAGAAGGCCGUGGUCAUACUGAUGUCAGGACACUGAGCAUCAGCAAGGCUUUGUAAUUCCUUCUACCUGUCCUUGUAAAAGGGGCUGCAUUCUUGUUGGUAGCGUUUACUCGACAUCUUAAAAUAUAAUCAAGUCCCAUGAUGUAUGCCAAAAUCCACUUUUCCAGUAAGAAUUUAUGUGUAACUGUGAUCCAGGUUGCCUGAGCUUCCCGCCUCUUUUCUGACCUCCGUGUGUGCAGCCACUGCCUGCUGGACUUGCCCUCGUCAUGUGGUGCAUGCAGCACUGCUUGAGAUCCCCUUUCUUGCUAGAAGAUAUUAUAGAGCUAUAUGAAGUUUCCCCCAGGUUCCAGGGCCGCUCCUGCCGUCUGGUCCUGUAGCAGUAGCAUUCACCCAUGGUGGAUGUGGUAAUUGUUUCUUUUCAGUCACUGUAAGGACAGGAAGACCAGUGCUUCUAGGAGCCUGUGCUUCUGACAGCAUUAAUACUGUCUCUUGACACCACAGAGUAACAGGAAGAAAUUAAGUUCCAGUUCUGAAGCAGAGAUUUUACUUUGUUCUGCAAAGCACUGCCAAGAUAUGUCCUUCUGGUGCAGCCCAAUUGAUCAAAAUUUGAAAACAUGUAUAAGAUAUUGGUUCUUUGAAUCCACAGCACAUAGAUAAAACUUAGAUGGAGCACACAUCCUUCAGAAACCUCCAGUGUCAGUGUAGGAAUCUGAUCGUGAUAAGAUUCUUUAUAAUUCUGUAAAAUUUUUGUCAUAUUUGAUUGACUUGAACUUGAAUUUCUUCAUUUCAUAAUCAAAUGAGUGCAAUUUGCCUUGCAAGAGAAUCAGAGGUUUCAUAAUCCCUACAAGUUAAUGAAUCUAACCUUAUUUGACAUUCACUGUUACCAUGUUUCAGAAAAAAUGAUUAUAAAAUAUAUGCUGUUUCACUUGUACUAUUAAAUAUACAUUAAUAUUCCACUUGGGCUUUCAAAGAAGUUAGGAUAGUCUUACAGCCUGAGGAGCUAAAGGGGUUCCCAAGAGGCCUGUGAGCAACAAAUGGGAUACAGGUAGAGGGACUGGAUGGAUCUCUGGGACAGAAUCUCCUGGGGGUUCUUCAAAGCAAGUACCCAGUCUAUGUUCAUGAGCUAAUAUUCAGGUCAGAGAGAUUUAAGAGGACCACACAGUGGUGAUACAUACUAAUAGAAGAGAUAGUGUCGCCCCGAGAGGAUUUCACAGCUAGUGAAAUGCGAAAUUUUGUAAUCAGCUCUGGAAAUGAGUAUUUAUGAGUAAACAUUUAUUUUUCAUAUGGCUGGAGAUGGUAAAAUGACUUAAUUACUUGGGUUUUAUAAAAGAGACAUUUUAUAUUGAUGAAGGUUUAGAUUGGCCUUUGAAGUACUGAGUAUGUGUGGAAUACCUAAGGAUUCUUGAAUUUUAUUUUAAAAUAUUUUGUAAACCUUAGACUGAUGAACAAACCAGUCCUUGGUUUUGUGCAAAUUGUUCUUAUAAAAGUGAAAAAUUAAAAGGAUUUCACACACACACACACACACACACACACACACACACACACCUUUUUUUGAGAUAGGAUUUCACUGGGUAGUUCAAGCUGGCCUUGAGUUCACUAUAUAGCUCAGGCUGCUCUCCAUCUCAUAGUGAUCCUUCUGCCUCAGCCUCCUGAGUGCUGGGAUUACAGGCAUGCACCACCAUGUCAGGCAACUCUUCUUAGUAAAUCAUUUAUUUAACCCAGCCCCUCCCCAUUUUAUAGAUGAAGUAACUGAGGCUCAGAUUGGGUUUAAACCCACAAUAUAUAAAUGGCAUAGCAGGGACUAGCAAAAUUGCUGCAGUCUAAUGUCCUCUCCACGUCACCAUUGCCCAAAAAUGAGGAUAUGCAGGGAAUUGCAGACUGGCUAUCUGUAAGGUGUUCUGAAACCUACCGGCCUCUACCUACCAGGUGGGGAGUGCCACAAGGCAGGGAUAUUGUUCCUAGUGUCUCCACAGCCUGGCUCAUAGGAGAGGUCAGUAAAUGUCUAUGGAAUGAAUACCAGAGGACGAGAGAGCUAAUGAAAAGAAAACUUACUAAUUCUCAGGCCAGAAAUCUUACCGUUGGUUUGUCUUGCAAGUUUUUCUACUCGGAGGCGAGAUUCUUAUCUGAGGAAAAAAAACUACAAAAAAACCAAAGUGUAAUUGGAGAAAUCUUAAGCAAAAUUAAGUGCAAUAAUUGUUUCUUAUUCAGUAGCAGUUUACAAAGUGCAACAUUCUGUAAGAAUUGCAUGGAAUGUGAGCAAGGGAUGUACUAUAUAACUUAAUUACCUAUCAUUUUUGGACACAGUUAAUUCCCACUGGAAGUUCAAAUGAUGUAUCUUAAUAUCGAAAUCUCUGAUACCUUUAAGUCAUGUAAAACCUUGAAAAGCUGUUAUGAAUUGUUCAAUGUUUCAAGCUGACUAUAAUCUUUUGAAAUGCCUGUAAAUACUAUACCUGACAUCCUGCAAAUAUCUAUAAUAACUUUUGUUUCCCAGAAGGAAAAAUUCUAUUAAUAUAAUAAAUGAAGGGUAGGAAGUGGUCAUGGCCUGGUAGAGUUAUUCCUUGGAGGAGAUCUAAGGAAUGGCAAUUCUAGCACAAUUGUGCAUCGAACCAGGGGUCAGGCCAUGACUCAUCCUUCUGUGGAAAGGCCUUAACUCGCCACAUCACAGAGGGAUGUGGAGAGCUGACUGUUAGAAAAUCCUGUGGCAUAUUGUGAAACAAAGUACUCAUUUUCAAAGUAGCUUUGGAAAGAAAUUUUGUCUGUAGAUACUCAAAAUAUGGACAGCUAAUUUCUUAUGUGAGAAUUUGGGAAAUUGUGUCAUGACUGAAGAGUCUUUUAAUGGCAGCAUCAAGCCGAGGAAUCAUUUUGCAGAUGUGAGAAUAAAGAGAACACAUUUUCAUGUAUAUACAUAAAGAACCUGUACUUCUUUC